AUGGAGUCGGUGGCUCUGUACAGCUUCCAGGCGACGGAGAAGGACGAGCUGCCCUUUCAUAAAGGGGACACCCUGAAGAUUCUCAACAUGGAAGAUGACCAGAACUGGUACAAGGCCGAGCUGUACGGCUGCGAGGGUUUCGUCCCCAAAAACUACAUCAAGGUCAAGCCGCACCCGUGGUACGCGGGCAGGAUCUCCCGGCACCUGGCAGAGGAGCGGCUCCUCAAGCGCAAGCACCUGGGAGCUUUCCUGAUCCGAGACAGCGAGAGCGCCCCGGGGGAGUUCUCCAUCUCUGUCAACUACGGGCAGCACGUCCAGCAUUUCAAGGUGCUCAGGGAGAGGAAUGGCAAAUAUUUCCUCUGGGAGGAAAAGUUCAACUCCCUCAACGAGCUGGUGGAUUUCUACAGGACGACCACCAUCGCCAAAAAGCAUCAGAUCUUCCUCCGGGACGAGGACCAAACCCAGGAGGUGAGGAGACCCAAAUUCGUGCAAGCCCAGUUCGACUUCUCGGCCCACGACGGCUCCCAGCUGCCCUUCCUCCGCGGGGACAUCAUCGAGGUCCUGGACUGCCCCGACCCCAACUGGUGGCAGGGAAAGAUCUAUGGGCGCGUCGGCCUCUUCCCCCGCAACUACGUCCACCCCAUCCGCAAGUGA